GCGCGGCAGUCGGGAGGUGAGAGCGGCGCUUCAGCACCGGCUUGCUUCAGUGCCGCGUCAUGGACGCCGAGCUUGCUGAGGUGCGCGCCUUGCAAGCUGAGAUAGCGGCCCUUCGGCGGGCGUGUGAGGAGCCGCUGGCGCCCUGGGAAGAGACGUCCCGAGUGCAAAAAUCAUUUCGAGAAAUAUAUCAGUCAGAUUCUGAAGGAUGGAAAUCUUCAAAAGAUCUGAGAAGUCACCUUGGACAUUUAGAAUCAGAACUUUCAUUUUUAAGUACACUUACUGGCAUCAAUAUAAGUAAUUACUCUAUGAAGACAGAGGACCUAACAAGCACUGAGAUGACAGAAAAGAGUAUAAAGAAAGUUGUACAGAGACACAGAUUAUCAGGAAAUUGCCACAUGGUUACAUUUCAACUUGAAUUUCAGAUUCUGGAAAUUCAGAAUAAAGAGAGAUUAUCUUCUGUUACUACUGACCUGAACAUAAUAAUGGAGCCCACAGAAUGUUCAGAAUUAAGUGAAUUUGUGUCUAGAGCAGAAGAAAGAAGAGAUCUGUUCAUGUUUUUCCGAAGCCUACAUUUUUUUGUGGAAUGGUUUGAGUAUCGUAAACGCACAUUUAAACAUUUCAAGGAAAAGUACCCAGAUACCGUGCACCUCUCAGAAGGGGCCUCGUCCCACUGCAUGGGGAUCCGGAGUGCCAGCCGGCCGGGGUUUGAAUUAUUAAUUAUUUGGAAGAUAAAAAUAGAUGAAGAAGGGAAGGUUUCGCCAAAGCUAGAUCUUCUCACCAAAGUCCCACGGCGAGCCCUAGAACUGGACAAGAACAGAGUCAUAGAAACUGCUCCUCUCAGCUUCCGAACCCUGCUAGGAGUGCUUGGCAUAGAAGCUGCUCUAGAAAGCCUGAUAAAAUUGUUUUGCACAGAGGAAAACAACUAGUUCCAAAACAGUGAAUGUGUAGGAAUAAAUGCCGCACUUAAAAGCACACAAUUUUAUUGAAUAUAGACAUUUGCUAUUUUCCACUUAGAAACCACACCCUUAAAACAUGCUGUCUAUGCAGUUAUGGCACAUUAUAUAUACUCUCAUGACAUCAAAAAUAAAUACAGCAAUUUAUGUAUAAAAUGCCAAAUAAAACUAACAUGUAUAGUGUGUUUU